AUGAAACUCCUACAAAUGCAAAAAGAGAUGCAAGAGGAGAGAGCUCAAAUCCAACAAGGAAUGAAACUCCUACAACAGAUGCAAUUGGAGCUCCGCUCCGAGAGGCCUAAAGAGAUGUUUAUAAAAGAGCAUGUAGAAUCUGUGGGUACGAGCACUAACGGAAGUUGCUCAAAGGUUAUGACUACUGAAGAUUUAACUAAAAAAAUGGAUGCUUCUGAAGAUUACCUCAAAAAGAUUAACAAUCUCAAGGAAAAUUCAUUCUCUCUAGAUUUGGAUCAUGAAACAAGUGAACUCUCAGUUUUUAUUGAUAGGGUGGAUCUUAAUGAAUUAACUUCCGGUAUUAAAUGGCUAUCCACAUCUAUCUUGUCUUUAUGGUGCACAUAUCUACAUCGCAUGUGUAUCUCCAAGAAUUUCAACAAACUAUUUGGGUUUCUCGAUCCAAAUAGGAUACUAGUUCACACAAAACCGGCCGAAGUUAUUCAAACAUACAUACAAAAUAAGUUGGAUGGAGAGCCAAAAAAAUGUUAUUUAGGACCAUUGCUAAAUAGCAAUCACUGGCAAUUGUUUGUCAUUUGUCCUGAAGAUAAUAUUAUUUUUUGGUUUUGUUCAUUAAACAGAUCUCCUAAGAAAAAUAUUAAGGUCAUAUUGGAGGGAUAA